AUGUGUCCUAGAUUAAGGAUCGAAGAAAGUAGCAAAUGGAAUUAUCACCGACACAGGCGGAAGAUGCACGAUGAUGGCAGUGAAAGGAUCGUGAUAAGUGACGCAUCCCCGGAGGAAGAAAGUGAUAGUGGGCUCACCUAUGUACCGACUAAUCCGUUGGAAUGGACCGACGAGCAUAUCAGCUCUUGGGUUCAGUGGGUGUCAAAGAAUUUCGAAAUUUUCCCUAGCCUGGAACCGGCGAGAUUCCCGAGCAACGGAGUUGAUCUGGCCAAGUUUGCCAAAGCGGAUUUUUGGGUUUGUGCCGGCAGCAAAGAGGGCGGCGAUAGACUGUCGAAACAUUUCGCUUACUUGCUGCAGACCGGAACCGGAAUUGAGGACAACCUGCUCGCAAAUGAUGUUGAUCCAGAGCCAUAUCAACUGUUGAACGCAGCCUCUCAUCGAUUGAUAGCUCAAGGUGGGCAGAUCCAACUGUGGCAGUUUCUGCUCGAACUGCUUGCUGAUUCGUCCAACGAGCGCUUCAUCCACUGGGAAGGAACCAAUGGCGAGUUCAAGCUGAUCGAUCCGGACGAGGUGGCCCGCCGGUGGGGUGAGCGGAAGGCAAAGCCGAACAUGAACUAUGACAAGUUGAGCCGGGCACUGAGGUACUAUUACGACAAAAACAUUAUGACCAAAGUUCACGGCAAACGGUACGCGUAUAAAUUUGACUUCCACGGACUGAUGGCAGCUUGUCAGGCGCAGGCUCAGCUUAACGAGCCGAGCACCAGUGGUAUGAUCUCUCCUAGCUACGAUAAUUUCUCAUCACACACCGAUCUGUACGGUACCGCCCGCCCGGCUGGCACAAACCCUUCCGAAAGCAGUCCAAGAAGUUUCGGCACGGCCGCCAGUCCGGAAUCCAUCUCGACGGCAUCAUCCUCCUCGCCUACCUCAUUGACAGCAGGCGGCGGCACCACGACCGGGAAACCGGCUCCAGUCUCCUAUUGGCCACCGUACUCAUCCUACUCGACGAUUCCUCCGGUAGCUCAACCGGAAAUUCGUACAACAACAAUCGUUCCUAGUACAUCCACCGUGCCGACGACGACAACGGCCGUGUCCACUCCAACGCAAAGCAGCGAUGAAUCGACAUCCUAUAAACCCUUUGGUUAA